AUGGCUGCCCCAUCCAAGCUGGAUACGGGCUGGAGCUCGACUGAUACUCGAAUCUACUACACCAAAAAGUACAGACAGGUUCUCUCGUCCGCUCCCGCAUGUGCCUUGGCCGUAGUUGCAGGGGCUCCUCUUGAGAAUGUCAAAGUCCGCAUGCAAUCACGUCAUUUCGCUCAUGCCUUGGAAGCUACCAAAUACACCUACCGUACUGAAGGCAUUCGUGGAUUUUGGGCCGGUACAUUCAACCCGCUAGUCUCCAUUACCUUUUCCCGAGCGCUUGGUUUCUCCAUCUACCGAAAGGCAAAGUACACAUUUGAUGGCUGGAUCGAAGCAGCUACAGGUCGAUCACCUCUUCAACAUGUCAAUAAGCCUGGCACUUAUCCUGAUAUCUACACCAUGACGUGCUUUACUGGAGCAGGAAUGGUCUCGGGUGCUGUCACAGCUGUCGCUUUGACUCCGGUCGAACUCAUCAAGAACGCGACGCAAACAUCAGUCCUCAUGGCCUCGCAGGUUGAUCAUACCUCGGCAGCACCAACCCCAGCCGGUCCCAAGAACGUCGGCCGUGUCAGCUCCUGGAUGUCUAUGAAGAGAAUCAUCGCGCGGCAGGGUCCUCUGGGCCUCUGGACUGGGUUCCGAUUGCAUUUGGUCCGAGAUGUCAUUGGCAGCGGCAUCUACUUUGGGGUCUACGAGACAACGAAACAAUCGCUCAACUCGUACUACGGGGCUGAGAAGGCUAACUCUGCGGGUGCGAUUGCGAUGGCGGGGGCUCUUUGCGGCGUCGGUGCUUGGGUGGUGACCUACCCGCUGGACACGAUGAAGACCCGUGCUCAAAACAACCUCGUGGGCUCCUCUCUCCCUACUUCCACUACCAAUCAAAGUCUCGGUGCGGCCAUCGGGUCCACCGCCAAAUCCGCGGUUCAUCGGUUGCCCAGCAAAUGGAAGGGCGUGGAGAUGAUCAUCUUGCGUUCGUCGCUUCAGAACAUGAUUCAAAUGUCCUUUUUCGAGCAGGCGAAGGUGUGGAUUGACAAGCUGGAGUUCUCCGACGGUAGCCGAACUCUGCCCGAGGUAGAGAGACAAUUUGGAAGAGACAGCAAGAUUGUCCACAAGAAUGAUAAAUUGUGA